CGGGAAUCGAGGACUUUGGGGUAAAGGAUGGCAUCCGAUCGACAGGCGGUGGAAGAGAAGAAGCCACUCAAUCGGAUCUUUAUGCGACCGGGCGUGAUAGAGGAGGAACCGGACUCCCUUGACAGUGUGAUCAGUAAUCUUCCGCUGACCGUUGUACCGAGCUUGGCCCGCAUUUCUACGCACGGAAGCGCCUUCAGUCGGCAGGAAAGCGUAAGGAGCCGAGCGUUACGACCGGGAACUACUCGAAAGUACAGGAGACGGGCAAUAUUGAAGAAUGGCGACUGCAACAUUGUCCUCUCGAAGGUAUCCCGGCAGAGGUUGCGCUUUCUGCAAGACAUUUUUACCACACUGGUGGACGCUCAGUGGCGCUGGACGUUACUGGUAUUUGCUUUCAGCUUCAUCGGAUCAUGGUUGUUUUUCGGUGCAAUCUGGUGGUUGAUUGCGUUCACACAUGGUGAUCUGGAGGAGAUGCAUCUACCGAAGAACCAAGAGGAAACUGGCUGGAAGCCUUGUGUGUUCAACAUCGAGUCGUAUACGUCCGCCUUCCUGUUUUCGAUCGAAACACAAACCACCAUCGGGUAUGGCUACCGGACAACUACGGAGGAGUGUCCAGAGGCGAUCUUCAUCAUGUGCUUCCAGUCGAUCUACGGCGUUAUGAUGCAAGCGUUCAUGGUUGGUUUUGUGUUCGCGAAGAUGACUCGUCCAAAGCAUCGAACGCAGACGCUACUGUUCUCGAAACAUGCCGUCAUCUGUCAGCGUGACGGUGAACUGAGCCUGAUGUUCCGGGUCGGCGAUAUGCGCAAGAGUCACAUCAUCGGGGCGAACAUAAGGGCCCAACUCAUACGUACCAAGUUGUCCCGUGAGGGCGAAGUGAUGGCACAGUAUCAGCACGAGCUAGAAGUAGGGGCAGACCAUUGUGGGUCGGAUCUGUUCUUCAUCUGGCCGCAAAUAGUGACGCACCGGAUCAAUACGGAAUCUCCAUUUUUCAACAUGUCCGCGUCGGAUUUGCUGCAGGAUCGGUUCGAGAUCGUCGUCAUCUUGGAGGGUACGGUAGAGUCGACGGGCCAAUCGACGCAGGCCCGUUCGAGCUACGUCAACACGGAGAUCCUGUGGGGCCACCGGUUUGAACCGAUCGUGUUUUAUAAUAAGGAAAAUCAGGUGUACGAAAUCAAUUACAGCAAGUUCAACGAGACGCACUCCGUCGAUACACCGCUCUGCUCGGCGCGCGAGCUGGCCGAGUUCUACAAGUACCAGGACGAUUAUCGCAACCCCACAGACACACUCGAAACCGGUUCUUCGAAAUCGAUGUUCGAAAGACGUUGGCACCAGCAUUACACCAACACAGUCCGUACACUAAGCUCGAUCUGUCUGGAAGACGAACGAUCGUCACUGGGCGUCCAGCCACGUUACCUGACAAUCCAGGGUGUUCCAAGACGGCCCCGGUCCUACCUGCAGCUGGAGAGCAAUCUGCGCAAUCUCUUCAAUCCGCCUUCCGUCACCAUUUCGCCCUCAUCGACCACCUCCAUCCGCAUGGACAGUCCGUAGCAUUGAUUCACACUGGCGCACUCAACUAGUCCCGACACAACCGACUAUUCGGCUUAGUUACCACUGGUUUGCUUUUAGUGUAGUUAGGUUAACCUUGCGCUAGGAUCCGUUUGUUUAAGGAUUGCAUCCUAUGAAUCUGACAUAACUUUCUGCUGCUAUUUAUGAUAAUCUUAGGCGCGUAACGAUAAUCCAGGCAUCUCACCCGCUGCAUUGUGAGCCAAUGUAUGAAACGUGAGAAUGAUGAAACAUUCCCUGUAUUAAACAAGAUGCACUACAAAUUAAGCUCAGUUGCAA